AUGGCCAGGCGCAUCGAGGCGGAAAUCAAAAACAUCAUCGGGGAGAUCUACGUGCCGACGAUCCUAAUUAGCAGCAGCCGAACGGCGAACCGAGAAGUGGCGCUGUUCCUGGGCAUCAGCAUAAGCGACCUCUUCCAGCCAUUCGGGUGCCCCAACCACCUGGUGAAUGACAAAAAUGAGCCACUAGACCUAACCCUAAGUGGAGCAGUAAGCCUAAAUUACUUAAGCAAAAAUAAUGUCGUAUGCCAAAAGACAAUAGAGUACCAGAAUUUUAAGCUGCGCUUUGUUAACGUGGAGGAAUACAUAGAGGUGAAGCUAGACGCCUUGGACCGGCUCUUAAUUGAGACCAUUUCGCAGAAUGAGCCGGACUACAGCGACAUUUAUAGCGAAAGGAACUUAAGUGCCUACUUUGCGAAGAACAAUCGGGACAGUGCCGAGCAGAGUGAGGACCAGUUCAACUACAUCUGCGCCAACUCAAAUGCGUUAGCAGCUGAUGUGAAGAAGGAAGUUUUGCGGAAGCCCGCGGGGGGGGCGUUCCCCUCGCACAGUGUGUACAGCGAAAGGAGAAAGGAGUCCCUAUCGAACGUGCACAAAUACAACGCCUUCUUCCUGCCGUGGUUUAGGACCUACUUUAAGACCGCCUGGAAGUACACGCACCUGCUGAGCGACAGCUCCUGUACCCCCCUGGGGCUCAUCUACAUCUGCAGCACGAGGGACCAAAACGUAAUCGAUACGUACAAAGGUAUGAUGCAGAAGGAGUUGAAAAAGGAACACGUGAAUGUGCAUGCACAUAUACCCAAAUGUAUUGUUCUCCUACACAUAUCGAGCAACCAAGAAGAUGAUAUAGAGACUGACGUGCAGAAACUUUUUGUGAAAAUCCAGUCCACCUUCCUCAACUUCAAGUGCCAUUUGCUUAUCAUCAAGGCGCAUCGAUUUAUGAGUAACUGCCUAGGGGGAGGGAAGGAAAAUGUGCAUGCGGUGGAUACUCAUACGGUGGACACUCAUACGGGGGACACUCAUAAGGGGGAUCACCUAGACGGGGUUGGUUCCCCCCCUAGGGUUAGAGGCCCUUCUGAUGAAGAGCUGACAAAUGGAGGAGUUACCCAGGUGGGCAGCCCCUGCGAAGGGAAGCCCCCCUCAGAGGGGCCCAACAAACAAACCGUUGAGGAGUACGGAGAGGCCAAAGAGAACGACUCCACCGCUCAACAGCCACACUCCAAGGAAAGCGUCCUAGGGGACGAACGACUCUUAUCCUACACAGAGAUUAACUCCAUAAGGAGGAGCAAAAAUAAGUUUUGCUCGCAAAGGAACCCCCACCAUCUGCGGUUAAACAGAAUACAGCAGCUGUACGCAGACAACUUGGGUAGCCAUUUUGGUGACUCCAUUCAGGAUGGGAUAAAGGCAGCCACAAGUAGCACCCAAAUUGAGGAAAUGAAAAAGGUAAAAAAAAACUUUGCCAAUCAAAUGAGCCACGUAUAUGAUUACAUAUUGUCAAACGAAACUAUAUACAUCAGUAAGAAGGACCCCCUGCAUUUGGAUGAGACCUACUUCUGCUGCUGCCUCGACCACGUGGAUAUUGUCUCCCUAAAAAUGUUUUUUCAUAACUUUGUGCAAAUCUGUGUAAUCCCCUACAUCAGCACAAUCACCUACGAGGUCAACCACCUCAUUUUGAGGAACAGAAAGACCUUUCGCAACCAGCUGAAGUUCAUGUGGAAGAGGACCAAGCUGAAUUUUACGUCCACGGAUGCUGCUCUGUUGGUCGCUGAGCAGACAGGCAGUGCUUUCCUCAACGUCGCUCAGAAUGUGCUGGCGCCGAGCAGCGAUGUGCACGACGCGCAUAAUGCGCAGGGUGUGCGGAUUACGCAGGGGGUACAAGAUGUACAUGCUGUACAGGAGGAGGAGGGGAGGGCUGCCCUUCGGGGGGACCACCAGAGAAGCACUCCGCCCGAGUCCCCUUCGGUGCAGAGGAGCACAAGUGGGUAUUCGGCGCAGGUGGGGAGCGCGGUUAAUGCGGCAAGCGCGGUUAAUGCGGCAAGCGCGGUUAAUGCGGCAAGCGCGGUUAAUGCGGCAAGCGCGGUUAAUGCGGCAAGCGCGGUUAAUGCGGCAAACACAGUUAAUGCGGCAAACACAGCUAAUAUUGCAAACAUGGGUAAUGCUUCCAACACGGGCGACGCCGCCAACUCAGGAGAGGCGAAGAGCUACGGCAAGGAGCCCCUGGAGCGGCUGUACAAAACGCUCUGCGACGUGUACUUCAUCCUGGGGGAGUACGAGCUGGCCUACGGCACGCUGAAAAUCUGCAUCAACGAAUUUAAGCACGACAAGCUAUAUUCCUACCUGGGCAGCAUCUACAAGCUUACGAGUCUUUGCAUAUUCAGCAUGGAGAGUCUGGUGAACAAAAAGGACUCCCUGUACUACCUGGACCUGAGCUACCAGAUGUUCGCCAAGUGCCAGCACCUCAACUACAUGUUCAUAUGCUGCAUAUUAAAUUACUACUUGUCUCUGAUGCAUGAUGGGAAGAACGAGGCAUCCGUAAACAUUUUGAUCAACGCUAAUGUGGAUUUUACCUGCCUGGAUGAGAGACUCAUUGAGGAGAGCAGACCCGUGGGCGAGGGGAGACCCACCAAGCUGUCCUUCCAAAUUAACAACAUAAGGUCGGGGCUGCUCCUCGAACAAAUAACUUACAGUUACAAGAAAAGGAAAAAAAAAAAAAAAAAAAAGGAACGACCCGUUGAGGUAGUGGCCAAUUCAGCUCAUAAGAGGGAAGCUUCUAACCUGGGGGGCGCUAAAGGGGGAACCACUACGAUGGGGGAGCACCACCUGAACGGGCAAGGUGCACAAACGAAGCAUUUACCAAGCGGGGGUGACACCACUUCUGGGCAGUCCCACCUGGGGGACGCAUCGCUCGAAGGCAACCAAACGGUUCACCCCCCGUUUGGUGAAAGUUACAAUGUGAACCACUGCAAAGGGAACGGAGAGCGAAGUGGCGACUCUCAGAAGCGAAGACAAACCGUGGAGACUCUCACCAGCUCAGAUGAUUACGAGGAGGGGAGUUACCAAAGUGCGAGUCGAGGCAGUCUCCAUCACGAUGUAAAAAAUCCCCCCCUGGAGGAUGACCCAGAGGAGCAAAUUGCCCCCCAAAAAAACGACUACAAAUGUAGGAAGUACCUAUUCGAAAUGACCCUGGCUGGACACACGUUCAAUAAAUGUGGGUUUAAGAAGCUGGCUCUGUUUUGCUAUUCCAAGGUGCUAAAAAAAUAUGAGAAGAAAAAAAUGAAGCACAUUUACGAGCACUUGCAUUUUAUGAUGGCUCGGCAGGCAUUCAGCAUCAAUUUGUACUACGAGGCACUGAACCACUACAUCUGCAUUUUGAAUUCCAUCGCCAAGAGCUUCGAACAGUCCUACGUCCUCAACGGACGCGUAGACAUGUACUGUGCGUCUCCGGAUAAGGAGAUCAACUUCAUUAGGGAGUUCGCUUACGUGUACAAAAUUUACGUCGACCGAGUUUUGAGCAGGUUCUUCCGGCGGCUGCGGGACCGGGGCGAGCCAACCGGGACGUCCAACCAGGCGUCCAACCAGACGUCCAAUCAAACGCCAUCUCAGCAAACUUCGUUUCGGCAAACUUCCACCAACGAAGCUCCUCCCAACGAAGCUCCUCCCAACGAAGCUCCUCCCAACGAAGCUGCUCCCCCCAACGAAGCUGCUCCUCCCAACGAAGCUGCUCCCCCCAACGAAGCUGCCCCCCCCAACGAAGCUGCUCCCCCCAACGAAGCUGCUCCCCCCAACGAAGCGGCCCCCCCCAACGAAGCUGCUCCCCCCAACGAAGCUGCUCCCCCCAACGAAGCGGCCCCCCCCAACGAAGCUGCUUCCAGCGACGCGGCCGCCCCGAACAAGCCAAACCGAAUGCUGUACUUCCAGGAGGACGCCGAGCAGAACAUAAUAAAGCCCCUUAACCUGCGCAUCCCCCUCCUCCACAUAAGGGACGACGAGGGCUGCUUCGUGAACUCCCUUUAUGUGAGCAAAACGAACAUCUACACGUAUCAGCGGAAAGUCGAAACUAACCUCUUCAGCAUCAUCAAGGAGAGCCUCUUCAAAAUGAAGGCCUACGACACGACAGUUGAGGACCUGUUCACCAUCAUGGCUAGGGAGGUUAAAAAUUUGUCUCCGGCAAACCUCCACGAGCUGAAUUACCUCCACGUCACGUACAAGAAGUUUAUCAAUUGUGUGUACAGCGGUUGUGUUGAAGGUUCUUCAGCUGAGGUUCCCUUUGGUGAAGGGGUAGAAGGUGCGGAAGGCGCAGAAGGUGUGGGGGGGUCUUUCACAGGGGCUGCUACCCCCGUGGCUGCUACCCCUGUGGCUGCUACCCCUGGGGCUACCGCUACAGAAGGGAAGCGGGAUAACAACUACCCCUACGCUGCUGAAGACUCACCCAUCAAAUCGAUCACCACGACCCCUUUCCUCAGCCCAAGCAGUAGGGAGUGCUUCACCACGUACGUCCACGACCUGAAGAGAAAAUUCACCAACUGCCUCCCCCUCAUGCGGUCCAUAAAAGGGAAGAAUAUUUACCAGAGGUCCACAACCAAGGAGGAAACCAUCGCGAACAGCAAAUUCGUUCAGUACGCUUCCAAGGGGGAAUUCAUCUUCGUGACUUUUAAGCUGGUGAAUCCCCUGCACACGAAGGUGGAAUGUCAGGGAGCCCACAUCUGCGCGUAUUACCAUAACGGGGGAAUGAAUAACGACGUUGAGGUUGAGAAGAGGGUAAUAAUUUUGGAGGCCAGGGAGACCAGGACCUUCACGCUGUUCCUGCGCCCGCAGAAGAGGGGCUUGCUCUUCAUUUCGGGAAUAACGUGGCACCUUUUCGGCCUCGUCAAGGUGCACCAGAACUUCUUCGCGCACGGCAUGAAGAGGCUAAAUAAAAAGUUCGACCGCAUGCACACCAUCAAGUACGACGAAGUGUACGCCAGCGAUUGGAAGGAGGACAAAGAGGACAAGAAGCAAAGUGUAAAGCGGCUCAACAAGGAAAUUAACUCAUAUACCUGGUCUAGCAACAUUGGAAUGCCAGAAGGGAACAGCGCAGGAUGUAUGAAGCACUACGACGUAGAUAACAGGCUGCUCCUCUACGUCUACGACAAUACAUAUCAUUUCUCCUUCCAAUUUGAAGACGUCCGUUCGGGGGAGAAGAGAGACGUCAGCAAUUAUGAGGUAGAUUUUGUUGAGCUUUUCGAAGGAGAACAGUUCGAGAUGGUCAUAAAAGCGGUUAACCACUCAGCCAUGCCAGUUAACUACCUAAGUGUGUGCAUAACCCCGUCCAGCCUUUUUAAUUGCUAUAAGGUGGUACAUAACGAGGAGGAGUACCUACUUGGGGACCCCCCAAAUGAACUUAACCCAACGGGGAAACGCCUCUCCGUAGCUGCCGACCUGUACUGUGAAGAGGCACUACGUGAAGACACCAACGUGUUUAGGCAAAAAUUUAAAAACAAACAAAUUCAGCACAUAAAAAUCAGUGGAGAUAUUUUCCCCAAUGACGUUUUUUACCUGCACGUUCAGGUAAAAUCGAACUGUACAGGGAUGCACAAAUGUAUGAUAACAGCUUUGUGCAAACAUAAAAAUGAAGCGGAAAACGUGGGAGAUGACGCGCACAUGAAGAGGAAAAAAGAAAGUGGCCUCAGUUAUCCAGAAAUGUUCGUUGAAAAAAAGGAAAAAUGUUUUUUAUUCAUAAGGCUGCUGCAUGUCGUUCCGCUGGUCAGGCUAAGUACAUACCUCCUCACCCCCUGCCAUGGUCCCAACUCGUUCAUUUAUUUCUUCAUCCACAACUUGUGCAGGAGUGACAUUUACAUGCACAGCAUACUUUUGGAGGGUGAAAAGGGGCCCCCCAAAGGAAGUGUAAACAUACACUCCAUUUCGAGCUUCACCAAGUUGGUUACCCUGCACGCGUCCGAUUUUUUGCACCUCAGGAGAGGAGAAAAAUCCACGGCGCUUCUCUGCGCAAGGGGGGCCCCUCCAAACGUAGCAGUGGACGUGUUGAGAAGCUCCCCUCAUAAUGAACCCCCCAUCGCCGUCCACAUGAACUGGGUCGUCAAGGAUGGAACGCACACCCGCAAGGGGUCCUUGAAAAAGGCAGUCCACUUCCCCACCGAUAUAGUUACCCUCUCUGUGGACCAAACGGAUAGAGACAUUUACCUGAAUGGCAAAAAGGAAAAAAGUGUCAAAAUAGCCAUCAACAUUCGGAACAACUCAGGAGAAGACCUCACCAAUUUUUAUGUGCAAGCUGAGGAGGUGGACUGCAUGAAUUCGGCCCUCUCCAUGGAGUGUUGCGGGGAUGAAGGGGGGCACGAGGUGGAAGUUACAGAGGUGGGGCUUAACGAGGUGGGAGAUAGCGAGAUGGAACUUCCCAUGUUGGACGCUCCUGAUCGGGGCACCGAUCGGGGGGAGGAGCCCCCUGGACAGACGGAAUACCCACACAGGGAUGGCCCUCCGCAGGUCGAGGAGAAACUCCCCUCGGCAAGCAGCAUCAACGUGAGCGCCGCAAUCGUGGGUGAUACGGACAUACCCAGCUGCGCAAACGAGUUGGGGACGUUCCAAAUCGAUCAGGUGUUGGAGUGCAACAACCUGUAUGAUGGGGACUCCCCCCAAUGUAGCAUGGACGCACCAAAAGGACCGGCGAGCGCCCCCCAUUUCUCCUACCACUCCUCACUUAACGACGAAAUAAGCAUUGCACAGAACAGCGUGGUGCGGAAAAUCAAGUUACCCAGUUACAACCCCAUAAGCGCAAGCUACCGACGGGAUGGUAACUUUGAGGUAAGCAUGUCGACGGGGUUUCCUGAGCGUGGUUGUCUCCCCGAUGAGGUGGAUGGGGAGGGCGAGCCUGUCAGUGAAGGGGUUGGCCUCUGGGCCAGCGAAAGGCACGAUAUGAAGCACGUCUCGAAGCAGACCGCUAACCAGACCGCUAACCACACCGCGAAGCACACCGCGAACCAGGACGUGCUACUCGAGGCAGCCAACUCGACGGCAAAAAGAAACCUCCGCAAGGAUAAAAUGACCAGGAAGUUCCACCAAACCGUAAGGGACAACACAUAUGUGCACAACAGCCACUGCGCAGACGCCCACCAGUGCACCCCACUGGGCAGCAACCUCCCAUCAGCAAAUGCCCCAAAGAAGAAAGCCACAGGAAGAAGGGCCCUUUCAUUAAGCGGCUUUCUCUUCAUGGGUAUUAUCCAAAGGCAUGUAAAAAGAUUGAAAAAGGGACAAAGCAAAAAGUUAUAUUUUAAUGUGCUCUUCACUCGGGAGGGAAUCUACAACAUAAAUAAAUUUCACAUCAUUUUUGACAUGCACAAUCAGACGUUCAUGGUGCAGCCGCUCAACCAAUUAAUUGUGCAGGUGCACCGGUGA